AUGGAUACACUUCUUCAAGACUCUCCAGUCGACAAGACCGACGCUUAUGCUAGCACAGCUGAAGAUCUCCCGGCUCCUAUACCCAGCGCUCAAGACCAGACUGCCGCGCUGGCUUCCAGCUCAGACGACCAGGUCGUCCCAGACGUGACUGAUCCACAAGGUAUUACACCCAAACGCAACGUGGAGCUCCCAGUGUCGACCCACAGGAGCAGUGAGACUCCAAAGUCGAAGACGAUCCGUGUCAAGGCUCAACGCUCGCGAUCUCGCCUCUUGACCCUCAUUGCCUGUAUCUCCUACCUGUUGUUCCACCUCAUGGGCGUUAACAUCGGUCUGCGUGCCAUCCAAGGCUAUACCGAACCUCGCCUCCAGCACGCUAAAGUCCACCUGGAGAACACGCAUCAAGCCUUGGCCGUCGAUUACCUCCUCGAUAUUCAGCUCAUCAACCUGCACGACACCAUUCUGGACCGACGCUACAUGGAGACCGGCUACGAGGAAUGUCUUGUUCGUGGUCUGAACAAGGCUAACUACGUUUUCCGCGGUCUCGACUUCACAUCCUGCCCUCACGUCCGUAACCAGACAGCGGACUGGGUGACAAGCAACUGCCGUCGGCUCCUCUACACACCACAAGUACACAGCCUGAGGGCGAGCAAGCUGCGUCGGCAGGCGGAACAUAUCCGCCAAACCAUCGAGAAAAUGCUGAAGCUAGUCCGAUCCAGGUUUGCGCUGUUGCAGGGCAAGUUGCAGCCCAACAACUCCCAGCUUGCUGCAAAGCCCUUCUUGGUGGAUUCCGCCAACAACAAGCACAAACAUCUUCGUGUGGUGCCAGAUAUGCCUUAUGGAUUCAGUCUGGAGUGCCAAGAUCAGACCCGCUGCCGUUUGUUUCAUUCAGGACCGAUCACACCAGACAAGACCAGCAAGACACUCAAGGACGCCGUUACCGACGCUCGCAAGGAGGUUGAGAAGUGGUCCUGGAAGCUCGGGACCAUGUCCCAUCGCAUUGACUACCUCCGCACACCGCUAGCCAUCUUACAGCCCCUGCUCGUUUUGUGUUACCUGUUUGCGACUAUGAUCAAUCUGCGUCGCCCUCAAUCACCCGGCCCCAAGCCGGCUAUCGCCGAGAAGAACGGGUGUGCCUGGAAGCGCGUCUGCCACGCCGUCGCUCAUUUUCAGCACGAUGAAAGGCACGCCGUCGGCCUCAUCAUCAACACAGCCCUGUACGCACUCCUGAGCUUUCAGCUCGAGUACAUCGUUCCUGAGUUCGAUCGCCUUCUGCUCCCCUUCGGUCUUGGGUUUUGCGUCUUCCACUCCAUCCACUUCGCCGCUUUCAUCGACCCGCAUCCCGUAGGCACUGCAGACCAGUCUGUGCACGACGUUGUUGUGGCUGUGAAGGAGCUGUACCUCAUUGCUCAGGGUGUUGAUGUUCCAGAGCCGACGCCUGCAAAGCGCCCGGCUUCAAAGCCAAAGACGCGUCACGCCGCCAAACCAGCAUCCAAGAUCGCCGCACGCUUCAUCUCCCCUCUCACGCCCAUCGCCGAGGACCUCCAGCGAGAGCGUAAGACGAUGCGCGCAGAGCAGGUUAAGGCACCUCGUGAUUACAUGGAGUUCCAGUAUGGAUACGCGACUGAGACAGAUGACGGGUACGACUCUGAUGCGGAGUGCAGUAGCUACGUUGAUCUGGCUGGCGGUGUGACGCCGACCGACUCCGAGGACGAUGACAUGGUCGUUGUCGCAGAGUAG